AUGCCCAUCCUCAACCAGGCCUGGCCACUCCCGGUCACGUCUAUCGACUCGUUUUCUCGCUUCAUCUUCAACAUUCCAGAAUGGGAGAGAAAUAGUAUGGAACGAGUCGGCUUCCAGGUCGAGAGCGCUCACUGGUACUACGAAGACUUUGUGCGCGAGCAGAAUCCCUCAUUUCCAACCUGCACCUUGAAAAAGUUCUUUGCCAUGCUCUGGGGCGCCGUCCCGCUCCUCAAUGAAUGGCACGAGAUGCAUGAAGAGGCCUUUGAUCGGUUUAUCGCCUACAAGGGCUUUGUACCCGUCUGUGGUGCAAUCAUUCUCAAUGAAGCGUGCGACAAGGUCGUCCUCGUCAAAGGAUGGAAGAACUCGGCUGGCUGGGGAUUCCCAAAAGGAAAGAUUAACCAAAACGAAGCCACGAUUGCUUGUGCGCGUCGCGAGGUCCUUGAAGAGACGGGGUUCGAUAUCAAACCUCUUGCUAUCGAGGAGAAUGUCAUCUCCGUCUCCAUCUAUAGCCAGGUCAUCACUCUCUAUAUUGUCCAUCCCGUCUCCGAGGACGUCGUCUUCACCACCCGCACACGCAAGGAGAUUAGUCGUAUCGAAUGGUUCAAUCUCGAAGAUUUGCCAGGCUGGGGACGGGCGCGCGUCCCAGGCAAAUUCUUUCUCAUCACUCCAUUUAUGCAGGAGUUGAGGUCCUGGGUAAGCCAACGCAAGAGGCAAAUGCAACUCCAGGCCGCACAAGCACGCUCCCCAGUGAUGCACUCGUCACCGCCGUCAAUACCUGCCACUCCCAAUGCCGUCAAUCAGCAGACGAAGAAGAAGAAAGGACGGGACAAAUCCAAGGCCAACAGGCGUGCUUCCGCCCAACUCUCUGGCGACUUUACCCCGUCUGGCAUGUCAUACGCUGGUAGUCGAGAAUUCUCGAGUGAUGACGCGGGUACAGCUUCACAGGAAAUUGAAACCUCACAGAUGAAUUCCGGCGACUUCAACCUCGUCGCCAUACUUGCCUCGGGCCAGUACGGUAACCGAGGGUCGUUGAGUGGGCUAUCCACCACCACUACCACCACAACUCCAGGAUCCUCACCAGAAGCACAACGUGCGACACCGAUGGCACCUCCUGGGUUGAUGCGGAGUCAUACAGAUUCUUCCUUGGUGCACGCGCCAUCACCCAACCUCUCCUAUCAGCAACAGUCGGCCAUCUCCUCUAGUGCUCCAACAUCUACCAUACAAUCCAAGGACGAGCUCGCAAGGAGAGCUCAGCAGCUACUGGAUAGCUUUGCAGACGAUGCCGUUCGGCAAUCGCCUACGACACCAUACUCGAGCGAACAAACGCCACGGCCUCGACCAGUCUCUAUCCCUAUCAGCGCAUAUCCACCUAUGCCUAAUCAGAUACCCCAUCCGUUCCAAACCUCGACAGCUCUUUCACAAGACCGGAUGGUUCGGGACAUUCCCUUGCUCUCUAUGCCUUCCAUUCCCUCUCGAAGUGGAUCUUUGAACCAUCCGGGACCCUACAUGGGUCAGCCUCCCAACGGCAGCUUUGUUCAGGGAAUGCUCUCCACCAACGGCGUCCCACCUCUACACACCAAUAUGCCGCCAAAUCCGCAUCCGAUUCAAUCGUAUCCAUAUCGACCAUCCAGUGUCCCCAUCCAGGAUUAUUCGGCUCACCAAACGCCGACCAUUUCAUCACCUCACAAUGCUUUAGCGUACAACGUGUUCAAUCCCAGUGCAUCAUCAGCAAUUAACACUACUUCGGACAAAUCCCGUUUGUCUCCAGCGGCGUCGACGCCGCGAAAUGUACCGCACGCGCAACAACUCUUGGCUCUCUUCCACGGCUCUCCUUCGUGA